GGACUUUAUAAUCUUUUAAACAACCUGGUUCAAUAAAUCUAUGAAUUAAAUGUCAGGAUUUUGAUGAUAAUAGAAUAUUUAACCCAAUGCUGACAUAUCCAAUUGUAGAAGAGAACUUUGAACAACAGGCCACAAACAACAGAAUCUUUGAAAAGCUGGAAAAAUCAUCAAUGAACCUAAACCCAGUACAACAAGUUCCUGUCGCAACCAUCAGCACAGAAGAAAACAAGGAAAUGCCACCAGUAAGAUUCGGUAAAAGAGGGAGGGGCAAGAAUGUAGGCGACUUCUGUCUAGCAGAUAUCCCGAAGUACCAAGGCGAAUGGCCUCAGGUUGCUAGAGUGAUUAAAACCGACCCAAUAACAACAACAGUACAAUGGUACAAAGGUUCCAUGACAAAGACAUGGAAACCUUGCAACAAAAGAACAGGCAGAACAAUCGCAGCAUGGACGGAGAUGAUCCAAACAGAUUCAAUUUUUUAUUAUUUUAACCUUACGCCAAUGAACAAUUUGCCGAAAGAUGCUAAAGAUGCAGCAUACAAAUAUUCAGAGGAGUUUCUUUAAUAUACAUGUACAUGACAAUUGAAAUCAAAAAUUGCAAUAUUAAAAGACCACGUGCAGUAUGGCAAGUGAUUUUACGGUCAUAUCUUUCACCAUGAGUACUUAAUGGGCAUAAAUACAGUGGUUUUUAUUAAAGCAAUAUGUUUUCUUACAAGUGAAGUACCCA